ACAAAAGGAACGGGAUCAGAAGUCGGAAGAACUGAGGAACUGAAGAAGACAGAAAAACCAUUAACCUAAGAUUCUAUUCUUUGAUUAUACAUUUUUAUUUUGAAUUUCGGCAAGGGUAAAAAUGCCACCCUUCAAGAGACUUAAUACAAAGAUCUAUCACAAGAAUGGACCUGAAAUAACUGAUGAUAACAUCUACUGGAAAAAACUUGGGGUUCCUGUCUUGGUGAAAGAAUUUGGUCCUAUAGAUUAUAUUGACUUCUCUCCGAUUGAACCUCAUUACUUUGCAGUGACAUGUUCAGUACGUGUACAAGUGUACAACCCCAUUACAAGAUUAGUUGUGAAAAAUUUAUCGAGGUUCAGAGAAAAUGCUUAUGGAGCCGUGUUCAGAUCAGACGGAAGACUAAUUUGCGCUGGUGGUGAAGAAUCAAAUGUUAGAUUGUUUGAUGUGUCUACAAAAAGCUUAUUGAGAUUGUUCAAAGGACACACGGCUCCAGUCCAUCGGACACAUUUUCUGCAUGGAAAGCCACAGAUAAGUUCAUUUUCUGAUGACAAGUCUGUUAGACUUUGGGAUAUUCCUACAGAAAAAACAAUAAUGACAUAUAAUUCCCACACUGAUUAUGUGAGAGCUGGAGCAACCUGCCUAGCUGUUCCUGACAUGUUAAUAUCUGGGGGAUAUGAUAACAAAGUUAAAAUGUAUGAUACUCGCACUGAAAAUGAGGUUCUUACUGUUGAUCAUGGAAGUCCAAUCGAGUCAUUACUGUUUUUACCAUCUGGAGGUAUUUUCUUAUCAGCUGGAGGUACAGAGAUAAAAAUUUGGGAUACCAUAGCGGGCGGUAAGCUGCUGGGAAGCAUAUCGCAGCACCAUAAAACGAUUACUUGUUUACGAUUAGCUUCCGAUAAUAAACGAUUGCUGUCUGGCAGUCUUGAUCGACAUGUUAAAAUUUAUGAUGUCGCCACAUUCAAGACUGUGCAUACGUUAGAUUUCCCUAAUUCUAUUCUCAGUUUAGGGGUUUCUAAAAAUGAUGAUACAGUUGUGGCGGGAUUAGUAGACGGUAUGGUUUCAGUAAGUAGGAGAGAAGAAAAAGAAGUGAAGAAACCUCAAAAGAAAAUGGCUUCCUAUCAGUAUGUUUCGAAUACUCAUCCAGUGAGCGUCGAUACAAUCGUUGCUGAUCAAACAAACGAUAUUGAAACAAAAUAUGAUCACCAUUUGAGGAAAUUUGAAUUCUCCAAAGCCCUUGAUAGUGUUCUUUUACCCUAUGUAGCAACCAAAAACCCACAAAUCACUGUGUCUCUCAUGCAAGAGCUCAUUAGGAGGAAAGCCUUGCAUAAAGCUUACAAAGGAAGAGACAAAAAGUCUCUGACACAAAUCCUGAGAUUUUUUAUUCGUAAUAUCGCCGACCAUCGUUUCACACGUGUUCUCAUUGAUGCUGCAAAUAUCUUUCUUGAUACUUAUGAAGACAGUAUUUCAGUGUUGCCUCCAGAAGUUGGUAAAUUAUUUGUCGACUUGACUCAGGUUAUUAAACAGGAAUUAGAGGUGUUGGACAGUUUAGCAUCACUGCAAGGGAUGAUGAGUAUGCUUCUUGCUAGUCAGGUUACUGUUGAUGAGACAAGUGAAUUCAAUAAAAAAGGACAUAACCUUUUGCCAAGUGCUGAUGCCCAGAAGAAUUUGGUUUUAACAAUAUCGUAAGGGUUUUCUUGUUUAGGAUUUUUUGGAAUUUUUAAUAAACUGUUGUAAAUAGCU